GCUAGUCCUUCUUUCAUUCAUGAAAUGUCAACAAGUCUCUUCAUGUUUGUUCAAAAUUCCUGAAGGAGCUCAAUGAUAACAACACAUUCCUAUGCUAUUUGGAAGCUGCUUUCUUUCUCAACGUAAUAUUCUAAAUCUUUUUCAUAAGGCUAAAAAAACAACAGAAAUCAUGGAUGCCUCAUCCAACACAUCAGUCUAUGAUGACUACGAUGAUUCAGUGGUAAUACCUUCCCAGUCCCCAGUCAUCUAUGAGAUGUAUCAGAUGAAGGCUGGCUUUAGAUACAUUUAUGUGUUAGUGUACUCAGCCAACAUUCUGCUGGGUCUGCUGCUCAACUCUGCUGUCAUCUUCAGGACUGUAAAAUGCAGGUCCAAGAAGAAACUGAGUCAACAGAUGUUAAUCCUUGGCUUGGCUGUCACCCACCUCGUCUUCUGCCUCUUCGCCCCACUUUACCUGAUCACUGCCUGGAACUACUUCUCCUGGACAUUUGGGAAGGUUGUCUGCAAGCUGGGGUCCUACGUGAUGUUUAUGAACAUGUUUUCUGUCUCACUGAUGAUCACCUUCUGGAAUGUGUGCUGGAGUGUCCCUGGAUGCUUUGAACACCGCAUGUCCACCAACAUGGUCCUGCUGUCCUGGUUCCUUGGGGCCAUACUGAGUACCCCCUCUCUACUGUCCAGGGCGGUUCAGUACACUGCCGAUGGACAUGUCUGCAUUGACGACUAUGGCUAUACUGGAAGCUCCCAGAUGUCUAAAGAGGGAAGGGAGAGAAUGAUGGCAGUGUUGAUCUGUCGCUUCAUUGUCGGGAUGCUGCUCCCUUUGGGUGCGAGAUGUGUCAGCUGUUGCUGCAUGAACAGCAUGGGAAACAACCAGCUGAGGCCACGGGUUAUUCGACCUGUGACUAUUGCCCAUUUCCUAUGCUGGACUCCUGUCAUUAGUCUCUCUGUGCUGCAAGUCACAAUGGGGACAGGCAGCAGGUUGUUCACAUACGCAUUGCCCCCGGCCACUGCCCUGUCAGUCUUAAACAGCUGCAUCUCUCCUAUCAUCUGCAUAUGGCAGGAGAAGAAGGAACAGAACCUGAGAGGACCCCCUCGGGUGGAGGACAACAGAGAUGAGGAUGAGGAGAUGACAUCCCUGACACGCUAACAAUAAGGAGGAUAAUAUCCGUAAGCAGUAAUGGGAAAACAACAUACUGUAAACACCAUUUGCAAUUUAUGAACAGCUUGAAAUGUAGUUAGAAAUAGUGAUAUCAUGCAAAAUCUAAAAUAUUUUUUUAUGAAUUGUAAUAAAUACUUUAUAAAAUUGUCUUGUUAACAACUCACUGUAUGUAUAAUUAAUUACACAUUGUACAUAAAGAUCUCUUGAGGUCAUACAUUACUUCUUGUUUUUAACCUGUGUUUAUUUUCAAUUAAAAUGCUUGUCAAGUAAAGAUUUGAUGAAACACAUAACUAUUAACA